AUGGUCUCCCCAGCUGUAAGCAUAAGGGACUACGAUGCUACCAACACUUUCCAAGAUAUGUUAUACCAGCAUGCAAGGGCAUUGAGCUACGCAUCCGUUUACUACGGAGUGGAUACCUGGGAUAUUACGCGUUUGCUGAUGAGUCUCUUGGCCAUUCUCCGUGAAGGUCGCAAACUGAUUUUCCUAGGCACAGGUAAGUCUUUCAAAAUAGUGCACAAGACGGUGGCCAUGUUGACCUCCCUUGGAAUAGACGCUCGGGCAUUACACCCCACGGAGGCGCUACAUGGAGAUAUGGGUGUAGUACGGCCAGGAGACGCUCUGUUGGUAUGUUCCAGCAGUGGAGAAACUCAAGAGCUCGUGACGUUCUUGAAGCAUGCCCAUGCAGUGUUGGAACCCGGCUUGAUAGUGCUAGUCUCGUCUAGUACUGGAUCCUCGUUGCAUGCGCUUGUGGACCAGGUGCUGUACGUGCCUCAGCCACCUGAAUUUCAAGAAAAGUACUUACAGCACGGGCUACCCUCACCGACAAUAUCUACCACUUUAAUGCUGUCGGUCCUGGAUUGCUUAUGUCUGGCCCUCACCGAGAUGUAUUUUGAGGGUAACCGUGAGAAGCGCUUGGCGUUCUUCAGUAAAAUGCAUCCUGGUGGUGGUAUCGGCCAACAACUGGCAGUCCAGCCCGUAGAUCCCACACCAACUCAGGCUCCUGUUCCUGUGGCCACAACGUCAAGAGAGAAUGCCGGGCAUAUAUCUUUGGAUAUUUCCGAGGGAGAGUUUUUACAGCAUAUCGUGGAAUUAGACUAUUGCUUGAUUGACGGCGUUCGUUACAGCUCGCAAUUUUUACAGCACAGGUAUCGACUAUGGAAAAAUGAAACCCGCUCUUAUAAAUCUAAAUCAGUUUUGAAUGAAAUCUGGAGUUUGGCAUUGGUGCUGGCACCACAUGCCACAGUCCCGGUUUGA